UCUUCCCGUGUGUCUUCGCACUCGCCAAGUCUCCUGCAGUCUCUGACCAUCUGUCAUUUUACAAUCGUGUGAGUUUCGACUUUCGAUAACGAUAUAAACUAUUCGGACCGGGAUCACAGUGGCAGUUUAACAGGUUUGAAGAACUCUCCGGAGGUUUGCCAGGAUGGUGAGAGCUGGAGGUAUUCUGAAGUUGGCCACGGUCAUCUUUGCCUUCCUCCUAGCCAUCUUCUUUCUUUUUGAAUGGUUAGAUAUUAACAUGGAUUUUAGAGUGCGCCACUCGAUUGGAAAGAGUGAAAUGAAUAUAAUCCCGACCAAGCCCAGCAGGAACAAAUGUGGGUUGAGUAAGCCAUGUUCGACUGGAUACUUCUCCUUCAAAAUGGCCAGUGGAGCUGCCAGCGUGGUGGGUCCCAGAAUCUGCUUCGAAGACAAGAUACUCAUGAGCAGCGUGAAGAACAACGUGGGGCGAGGAAUCAACAUCGCUCUGAUUGACGGGAAAACGGGGGACCUGAAGAAAACUGAUUUCUUCGAUAUGUGGGGAGGAGAGGUGGCUCCUUUAAUUCAAUUUAUCAAAGAAAUUGAAGACGGGACAGUUGUGAUGAUGGCCUCAUAUGACGAUGCUGCCACAAAACUCAAUGAUGAAGCCAGGAAUCUUAUUUCUGAACUUGGCAGUUCACUUAUCACCAAUGUGGCCUUCCGAGAUAACUGGAUCUUUGUUGGGGGCAAAGGCAUCAAAACCAAAAGUCCAUUUGAGCAGCACAUAAAGAACAGCGCAGAAACCAACAAAUUUGAGGGCUGGCCAGAAGUGCUGGAGAUGGAAGGCUGUAUACCCAAGAGGCAGGACUGAAACACAAGGUGUUCCCGUUUUUCCAGUCCUUCUUCUUCUCAUCACAUUCCUGUUUGCUUGAGAAUCUUUUUUUUCCCCCUCCUUAUUUGCAUUUGUGUUAGUUGACUUAAAUUCUCCAGUCCACACCCUGGAGGGUUUUUAAGCAUUGUUGACUCCAAAGGCAAGAUCUUUGUCUCGGAGAUUUGAGACAAGGAUCAGCCACCGUGAAAGACUUUCCUUCACCAGGCCUGAGCAGAAAAGUAAACCUUGUGUGUGUCACUUCGACUUUCCUGCUACUGGAUACCGUCACAUAGCCGCAGAUUACGACUGCAAGCUAGUAGGUAGAGAACACUGAUUGUCAGCAGCUCUUUUCCUCAGUUGUUAGCAUACAUCCCACAAGUAGCCGCGAUAGCGUUAUUGCACUUGGUAUUUCUCGACUGAAACGGAUUUGAUAAUUCAGAUUACUGAGAAGGUUUAUGACCAAAUCCUGGAUCCUGCCUUAAUCUCAGCAUCCUGUUUGUAUGUUUAUAUUGUCUUAAAAGUUCAGAUUUGGAGGCCGUUCAUUUAAUUCCAGCCAAGAGUACGCAAUUCACUGUGAAGUUUGUAUAUAUUAAUUUAGCGCCUGAGAUUAAUGAUCUGAAUGUAAAGAAUCCGAUUGUGUACGUACCUGUUGAUUUUGUUAUAUUUAAUCUUUCUGUCCUGAAUCGUAACCAUUAUUUUGUUAUUAUUGGCAGCGUUUGACCGCAUCCAAAGAAUUUCUGCAUCAUUUGCUGCUGAAUUGCGUUGGGG